GUGAAUAGAAUUGUCUAGUGAAUAUGGUAGGUUUUUCUAUGAAAUUUUUUCAUACGCCAGAAUUCUUGGAUUCUUGGUGAGUGUUAGAUGGGAGCAGAAAAUUCCUAAUGACUGUUAGAUGGCAGAAAUAAAUUCCUAAUGAGUGUUGGAGGAGAAGAAAAUUCCUAAUAAGUGUUAGAUGGGAGCAGAAAAUUCCUAAUGACUGUUAGAUGGCAGAAAUAAAUUCCUAAUGAGUGUUGGAGGAGAAGAAAAUUCCUAAUAAGUGUUAGAUGGGAGCAGAAAAUUCCUAAUGACUGUUAGAUGGCAGAAAUAAAUUCCUAAUGUAUUUUGUAUGAGAGCAGAAAUUUCCUAAUGAGGUUUGGAGGAAAGGAGAAAAUUCCUGAUGAAUUUCGGAUGAGAACAGGAAAUUCCUAAUAAUUAUUAGGUGAGAGCAGAGAAUUCCUAAUGAGUGUUGUAUGGGAGUAGAAUAUUCUAAAUGACUGUUAGAUGUGAGCAGAAAAUUCCUAAUGUGUUUUGUAUAAGAACAAAAAUUUCCUAAUGAGGUUUGGAGGAAAUAAAAAAAUUCCUGAUGAGUUUUGGACGAGAACAGGAAAUUCCUAACAACUAUUAGGUGAGAGCAGAAAAUUCCUAAUGAGUGUUGGAUGAGAGCAAAAAAUAUCUAAUGAGUGUUGUAUAGGAGUAGAAAAUUCCGAAUGACUGUUAGAUGUGAGCAGAAAAUUCCUAAUGAGUGUUGUAUUUGUAUGAGAGCAAAAAAUGUCUAAUAAUUCUACCCAGAAUUACUCAUUUGAAAUGAUCGAUAGAGUAGAUCCGUUUCGUAUCGACGCCUUACACCGCACUCUAGCGUUUGAAUUUGAAAUUCACAAUCGCCAUAUUGAAUACUUCAAAGCGGUUUGAAUUUCUAACGUAUUUGCCUCAUCUUUUGCUUGCUUAUUGAGCAGGACGCUGAUAACUAUUGUUUAUAUUUCUGUAGAGACCGGUAUUUUACUUCGAUAGACAUAAAUAAAUCUCAAGAAGAGAUAGACACGAUUUUGGGGAUUAAUGGCAGACGACGAAAGCAGCAGUGAAAUUGUUGGUAUUUCUGCUGAAACAGCUCGUGAUAUCCGUCAAUUGGAGAUUCUAAAGAAAACACACGCCGAAUUGGAGAGUCUCCAUAACCUUCUCCGUUUACUGAGGAACGAUCUUGAGAAAAUGGUCGAGAACUUUUCCUCCAUAAAUUGACCAGCGAAUAUUCUUCGUCACUCCCAAAGCCCUCGACAAACCCCUAAAAAUGGAUAAGAAACUGACUGGCCUCCAGGAGCUAGCGCAGGAGGGUCGAGAGACCCCAGGGGACACCCUCCGCCUCAUUCGUCGUCGCUCCAGCAUCCUUCCCCGCACGAACUCGGACCCCCUGGAGUUCAACGAUGACUCGGUGGAGCGUGGUCGCACCCGUCACGAGUCCCCAGCAACGUCCAGCAACAGCAGUCGUCGCUCCCUCAACCUGGGCUCAGUGGCCCAGCUCUCCUCCCCUCAGAUAGCAGCAGGCGUUGCCGAAUGCAUUAAACUCAACACCGAGAACAAAAUCACCAAGAAGAACGCCUUCAGCCUGAAGAUGAUCGACUUCAUGACGUACAUGAUUAAAAAUCGUGACGAGAACAUGUCGAAUCUCCAGGUGGCGAGCACCACUCUGGACGUGAGUGCCAAAAUUUAUGGGCUGCGAGUGGAUGUUCUACAUCAGGAGGCGAUGGACAUGGUGGGUAAUCUGGACCAUGAGACGCAGAAUGGUGUGGGCAAUGGGGAGAACCUCGGUGAUUAUAGUGACGAGACAUCCCAGAGGGACAACAAUCCGGCGAAAGCGAAAAGGAAGAAACGAGUACCUCAGGUUCUCACUGUUGUUGAGUCUCUCUGUUGUGACCCUGAGAUCAUCAAACUGGAACCACCCAUGCUGGGGGAUGGAGACUAUCAGACGUCAGACAUGCUCCUGCAGGUGAACGCCCCUCGGCACGUGGGUCUCGGCCUGGCAAUCCACCCCUACAACGACUACAUCCUGGACCAGAGAAAUCCCGAGGCCGCAGAGCCAAACGACAAAAUCCCCUGCACUCCAGUGGAGAUCCCCGAGGACUCAGCCAUCGGCAGCAUCUUCAAGGAGUUCGAGUUCCUCAACUGGGACUCCGAGUACGACCCCUCGAAUCGUGUUGACGACUGGACCCAGUGCCUGUCCUCAGCCAACGAAGCCGCCCUGCCCUUCGACCUAAACUCCAGCCUCCCCCCCGACGAGGACGAGGACGACGAUUUUUUCGUCAACAACGACGGCAUCGGUGACUUCGUCGGCGAGGAGGUCCUGGCCCCAGCAGGCCACGCUCAGAGACAGAGGGAACACCUGAUCGACGUGAAUGUGGACGACAUAAUGGCGCACGCCUCAACCGCCAGUGACUACUCAUUCUUCGACGAGAAACUCCUCGAGAUUAAAUGGAGGUCUGGGACCAAGUGGACGGUGAAAAAGGCACCCAAGAACAUGGCGAUGAGCCUCCUGGAGGCCGAGCGUCGAGCGACUGCGAGGAAGAAGAAGGAUUUCUCGUAUGAUUUAAAAUCGGAGAUGGACGAGGCCAUGGAGAACAAGUUUGCGCCGAUGAAGAAAGUCAAGAGGAAGUUCAAGUCGAUGGAGAGUAAGGUUGUGAAGCCUGAGGAGAACGUGGGGGACCUGUCGAAUUUGUUCAAGUUCAGUUAUCGACCUGACGACGUCCAUUUGAUGCCAAAGAAGGCGGUGGGGAACGGUGGUGAACGAUUGGGAGGGGCGGAGCGUCGAGGAUCUAUCCACAUGGAUGAUUACGACAAUGAUGGGCAUGGGGGUGAUGAUUAUCACCAUGACAAUUCGAUGGAUGAUCAGCAGAUGGUCAUGCCGGUGUCUCAGAAUGGAAACGAUCACGAUGAGUUUGCGAGUCAGGGGGGAUUCACUGGGACGAACCUCGUGGAGGCGCCGAAACUCACUGAGAAAAUCUACAUUCCGUUCUCCCAGAGGGCGAAGAAACUUGACAUGAGACAUCUGAAGAAGUGCAUUUGGAAUAGUAUUAAUACUGGUAAUGAAGAUAAAGAGAAUGUCGCUGGAGAGGAAGCUCAUGACAAUGGGAAGGAGAACACUGAUGAGCCGAAACCGUUCGCUGAUAUCUACAUUCAUCUUCCGGAGAUGCUCAACAAGAAUGACGCCAAGGAGUUGAGCUUUCCCAUUGCUUUUGUGUCCCUGCUGCAUCUGGCGAAUGAGAAGAAAUUGAAGCUGAUGGCGACAGAGGAUUUCUCGGAUAUCAUUGUCACCCAGGACACAGCACCAUGAUUUUUUUUAUGAUUAGGCGUAGAGUUAUAAGUAUAUUCGUGGAGAUGACUUCAAUAAACGUUCGUUAUUACGAUUUUUAUAAAGUUGA